AAGCCUGCGUAUGCUGAAGACAUUUUAAAGCGUUAUUUUGACUGUUUGUUCUCGCUUGAUGGGGGAAAAGUCAUUGCUAUCGUAAAAAAGCGGUACUGCACCUUUAAACCACCCUGGUUCCAACAAGUAGUCUGAGCGCUCUCCAAAUGUGAGCUUUCCUCCCCGCUGCGCAAGGUGCCGCGGUUUGUAUUUUUUCCGUUAAUGCUCCAACUCCCGAUUGUAGGGUAUUUCGAACAGAGGCUCGUGGAGCUAGUGCGGACUUUUUUUUUCUUCCCCCCGAAGACGUCGCGUUUUACUAAAAACCGAACGGACAGCCAAUACUGACAGCGCUACCUUACCUGCACUGAAUCAACACUGCUGAGAAGGCUGGGGGAAGUAAACAGUACGUUCGGCUCGUGGCGGACGAGGCACGGGGAAAAGUGCCAAGAACGCUCCAAUAUUGUAGUGGGACUGAUACGUCCACACAGCCAUGACGCUGACGUACAGGUGAAAAGUACAGUUUUUAAAACUCUUGCAUUACGACCUCCUUUUAAGUCUGAGAAAUAUAUUUUAGCGUAUUUAGUUGACGCGGGGGAAAAAGUCAACAUCUUUGUGCGCCGGUUUAUUUUUAUUUUUCCUGAAACGAGUUUAUAGAUUGCCAUUGCCCCAAAACCCGUGCGAACCAUGUCCAGGAAGAAGACUGCCAAAGGCAAGAGCAGCAACAGUGGCCCCACCGCGAAAGGUAAAGACAGCGGGAAAAGCGGCAAAGGCACCCCCGGGACCGAGGCUCUCUCAAACGGCGUGGUCCACCCCAGCCGACCUUCGCUCAGCAACAGCGGGGAGUUCUAUGACCUCGCUUUUAAGGUGAUGCUGGUGGGAGACUCAGGUGUGGGGAAGACCUGCUUGCUUGUGCGCUUCAAAGAUGGGGCCUUCCUGGCUGGCAGCUUCAUCUCCACUGUGGGCAUCGACUUCAGAAAUAAGGUGCUGAGCAUCGAUGGGGUGAAGGUUAAACUUCAGAUCUGGGACACGGCUGGACAGGAGCGCUUCCGUAGUGUCACACACGCUUACUACCGCGAUGCUCAUGCCCUGCUCCUGCUGUACGACGUGACCAAUAAAACAUCGUUCGACAACAUCCAGGCCUGGCUGACAGAGAUCCACGAGUACGCCCAGCAGGACGUGGUGCUGAUGCUCCUCGGGAACAAGGCUGAUUCCACACAUCAGAGAGUGGUGAGGAGAGAGGAGGGGGAGAAACUAGCCAAGGAGUUCGGGGUGCCCUUCAUGGAGACCAGCGCCAAGUCUGGGCUCAAUGUGGACCUGGCUUUCACCGCCGCGGCCAAAGAGCUGAAGCACAGGUCCUUGAAGGAGUUGAGUGAACCAAAGUUUCAGCUCCAGGAGUACGUGAACAAGGAGAUGACCAAGGCCACCAGCUGCUGCGGAUCCUAAACCACCAACCACACGUGCCUGUGUGUGUGCAUAUGUGUGCGUGUGUAUAAGCGUGUGUUAGUGUGUGCGUGUAUAGAUGUACAUGUAUAUGUGUGUGUGUGUGUGUGUGUGUGCAUGCAUACAUACAUUCUUUUGGGGGAAAGUUUAAAAGACUGGGCAGGACUGAGGAUUCUGGAGUUUGAUUUUCAGCUGUAACAUUAACUACAGACUUUCUGAUGAUUUCUCACCCUCAUUAAAAUUUUGUGGCGGGUAUGUUCACUUCGUGUGUAAUUGUGUGUGUUUGUGUGUGUGUCUACGCACAUGUGUGUGUGUGUGUGUGCAUGUGUGAAAUAAAGAGUGAGAGGCAGAGAAAGAUCUACUCUUAAGUUCUAUCUUUUUAGAGUCAAAUGGGUAGUUUUGUAUGUGAAUAUUCAUGCUGCUGUGGCUCAGCCUCGCCAGUGGAGGCAGCAUUGAGCUCUGAUUGCAGGGUUUAUGAUGCCUUCUUGCGCUGACCUGAUGGGUCUGGUGUGUGCUUGUCUCUGCAGCUUCUCUUCCUGUCACAUGAUGAAACAUCACUUUUCCAAACUGAUCCGCCUCCAUUUACUGUGUGUGAACGCACCAUUAGAGCUUUACCCCAGCAAAUGCCCCAGAUAAACACAUUGAGCAGAUAACCCCACAAUCAAAUACCCCCUAUGCCCAUAUUCCACACAGUUUAUCUUCACCCUUACCCCCAGGUCAACACCGGACACAAAUACCCCAGCUAGAUACCCCAGGACCAAACAACCCUCAGAAAUGUGCUGUACAAACAUUUCAGCAAUUGCCCCUUGCAAAUGCCUGGUGACAAAAACACUACCACUGCAUACCGUGAAUACCCUACAUUUAGGUGCCUUAUAUGGGGCCAUUGCACACACCUCUUAUACCGUAAAUACCCUACAUUCAGUUGCCCUAUAUAGACCCAUUGCACACAUCUCUAAUAAUCCAUUCCUUGCUCCCUGUGAACCGCAGCUAGCUGUCUGCUUCCUAUUAAAAAGCAAUGGGUAGCCUCGGUGCUUGAAGCGGAAAAAAAAAAAAGUCUCAAUACUCCUAUGAGCAAAAUUUUGAAGUCCCAGUGUGGUAUAGCCUACGUUCUGGAAAUUCCCAUUUUUGAGCCCAGCUAACGUUGAAAAGACAAGUUCCAUUGCAGCUGCCAACAUUCAUAGAAAUAUAUAUCGCUGGGCCAAGAAAGGCCUUUUUACAAGAGGUGAUCUACAGUGUGGCAAGCGGUUUGUAAAUCGCAUCAAGUUAGAAGAGAAUUCAAGCUCAGGAUUCUAAAUUCCAAAAAGGGAGGCGUCAGCUGUUGUCGUCAGCUGAAGCCUCUUAGAAUAAGUGCUAAUCACAUUAGAAACGUGUAGAAGUGCCUUUACUGCGUACCAGUAAGCACCGGCCCACUUCAAACACUACGUAACCUAGUAACAGCGGUGCUGACUGAAAACAACACCCACAGAUCGUAUGUGUUGCAAACGGUUGUGAAACCCCCGAUUGAGAUGGAUAUUCUGAAUAAGCUGUAUACGCCCAAAUGGCACUCCAAUAACCAAAAUAAGAUUGGCGUGUGCCUCAUGUCAUCAUUUGGAAUAGGGCCUUCUUCAUGGUAUUUCAUCAGAAAAUGCUGUUUCCAUGACCCAUAUCUUAAUUCUGGAUAUUGUCUUGUUCAGAGUAAUAUCGGAAUAUGAGUGUCCUCAUAUUUGGCAGUGGCGGGACACAUCCCUUAACACUGUUUAAAGGAUGAUAGUGUAACAAGCUGGCUCGUUAGCAAUCUACAGCAGAAAAUUAUCAUUGUCCACGUUCGUUUUAUCUAGGAAGACCGUUGAUUUGUUGACCGUUAAUUUAGAACAGUGAUCAAGCUUUUGUCUGUGCCACUUCAUAGCCAGGCAUAGGCCCUUUAUGGAAAAAUAAUGCACACUUCCCAGCCAAUCAGAAUUGAGUAUUCAGGCAAGCCGUUGUAUAAAUAUAUUUAUGUAUAAAUGUAUGUAUGUAUGUAUGUAGCUGUACACUGUAGUAUCAUUCUGCAAAUCACAUAUGACUGUUGUUUAGCAAUGUGUGAGUUUAUCCUGUCACUGUGAGGUAUGUUGUACCACCAUGCUUAAUGUGGAACCUCAAAACGUAAAGCUUGACCACUUGUUACCAGUCGUCUCUUGAGUGAUCACAUAGCCCAUAGAGUGCAUAACAGCUGGAGAGGGUAGGAGGAGCCGGGCGGUGAAGUGUAGGAAGUAUCGGGAAACCGCCUCUACUGCGCACGCAAAAGCCCUUUCUGCUCGUUGAAUUCAAUGCAGAAAACCAAGUCUUUUGUGCUUAUAAAUGUGAUAUUGUGGAGAAGUUUGUUAAACAACGGUUUUUGGGAAAUAUUAAAAUGUAGCUACAUAUUUCAUUACAGGUCACAUAUUUUCACAAUCUACGUUUCAUAUGAAACGUAACGAUUGUUAAUUAAAUUUCAAAAUACCACCGGGGGAAGUUUUAUUUUGCCUCCACAAGUCUGAUAUUUCCCAUUCACUUUAAUGCACCAAACUCGGUCCUGUGCCCCCCGUGUAUGCUGGUUUUUGUUUCAACCAGUCGCAAUACUAGAAUUUUAACAAGCUGUUAUUUUUUCUUAUUUGUGUGCUUUUCCCGUUUAGAGGGAUGAUUUACUAUCUUACGCCACAUUAUGUCAGAAAUAGCAAAGCAUGCCAUAAAGAAAAAAAUUCCCAUGUUCAUGUUUUGCUCAUUGUGUUAUAUUGCAAACAAUUGCAAAAAAGGGCAAAACUUAAAAUUAUAGACUAAGGUGAAUCAGUAGGUUCCUAAUUGGUGAAAGUUUGCACACCUGGCCACUAAAACUAACUAUCUGCAAGAUAAUGAAGAAUUCAAAGGCAAAGAAAAUGAUAAUGAGUAGAACCUGCAUUGUGUUUAUUAGUUUCAGGAGAAUAGUAUAAAAUAAAUUAAACACGUGUCCAACAACCUAAUUAGGAGCCUAUUGAUUUAUCUAUGUGUAUUCAUUUGAUCAAAAAAGUCUCCUCUUAAUGUAAUUGUUCGCAAUGUAGCACAAUAAGCACAACGUAGCACAAUAUCAACAUCGGAAAUUUAGUCUUCGUGGCGCGCAAAACAAAGCCGACAUAAUAGACCUUUGGUUCAACAAAGUAAAUCCGUCUGAACAUGAAAAGCACCUAAUGAAGAAAAAUUACCGACUUGUUAAUAUUAUGGGAUUGCGAAUGUAGACAAAACCAGGAUACAGUGGGAGCCAGGGCCGAGUUUGGGAAGCACUGCUUUAAUGUAAUGGGUGCUCCAAUGUCUUUCCAUCAACGUGCGCAGUACAAACUUACUUCCCGAGCUUCCCAAGCUUUGGUUAGCAGAAGGCGUGCCUGCCUGUCUAGUUAAAUAUGCACGUCUACGACACAACCGAUCGUAGAUUCUCCAUCAAACCGCUUCCAGCUUGGCAGCCAGGAGCCGCCACUGACGUCAUCGCAGUUGGCACACAAUUUUCUGGCGGUUGAACGCGACAACCAGUAACUGUGCCGUUUACCUGGGCAGGCAGGGAGUCUACGCAGAAUCUUCAUCCCGCUCCCUGCGGUCCCGAGGACGUAAAACAUAUCAUGCAAAACAAAAAAGGCGAGAAAAACGUCGAUUUUCCCGACAAAUAUAAAUAAAUUAAUUUUAAGAGCUUAUAGUAUGACAUGUAGCCUAAUGUAAAUGUUUGUUUUAUUAAUGCCUUAGACAAAAAAGUGAUGUACAGUACAGAAGUAGGUAGCCGCAUUUAUAGCCUAGAGCGCCGCUAUAGGAUGAAGUAGAAGUACUAAAUUAAAAAUGCAUAGAUUGACGCCCACGUUUUGUAUUCGUGAGCUUUUAAUGUUGAAGAGAAGCGUGACCACAUUUUGAAAACCAAUGACCAUUGAAGGGAAACGAGUUUGAUAUAUUAAUUAUUUAUAGAACUACGGUAUUGUAUUAGAGUCUUUGAAAACCAAUGGUAUGUAUUUCUUCUUAGUGAAAAAAAAAAAAAAAUAGGCGAGGUCUCAUAAUAAUGAGAUAAGAUGCAUGUAGCGCUAUCUAGUCGCUAAAUGCCAUGGUAGGUGUCUUUUUAAUCAGUUUGAAUGUGUGAACCUGGGUAUUGACCCGGCCGUCUUUUCUUUUUUUCUUUUUUUUUUUGGGACUCAUGCUAAAAUAAAGUGGUCACUGGUGUUUGUAUAAUGUAGUGUUUUAGCAGUCUGUCGCAAACAGGUCCAGGCUGUUGGCCCUAUGCAGUUGUGAUUUCUGGUAUAAAAAACGCUAAUAGCAUACACUAUAUGACGUGUUUAAAUGGGUGGAUAGACACAACGGUGUAUUUUUAUCUGCCUGGAAAUGUAACGUUUUAAAAAUAAUAAUAAUAAUAAUUUUGUUUAGCCUUAAUGUACCUACAGUGAAAUUCAUGAUAAUAAAACGUAUGAUGUACAAUG